CCGGGACCGGGGCCGAACCCGGAGAGUGGCACUGGGGGCGGGACCCUCCCCGGGCAGGACUGUCCCCUCCGACUUCCGACCCCGGGACCGGAAGUGGGCCUGGCCGGAGGGGCCCGAGAGCCGGGCCUCGGGGUGCGGGCCGGGAGCUGGGGGCCGUCCUGCGGGGCCCCGACCAGGUGCUGCCCGGGGGAGGCGAGGCCCGGCCGCGCGGGGCCCGGCGGGUGGGCUCAGGCGUCCGGACGCGGGCCCGGGGCGCCCCCGCUGACGGCCGGUGCGUGCGCCCUGGGUGCCACCCCGAGCGGCGCCUGGCGGGGGCGCUGCCGAGCCGAGCCCGGCGUGCGCGCGGCCCGGGCCGCGGGAUCGGCGCCCGCGACCCUAGCAGCCCCCACCCCGGGGGUGCGCCCCCCGGCCAGGCUCCCGGCGCGUGCCCUGCGCGCUGACCGGCCCUCCCUGUGCCCUAGGUCUGGAGUGUGACCUGGCGCAGCACCUGGCCGGCCAGCCCCUGGCCAGGGCGCUGGUGGGGAAGGCGCUGCGGGCCUUCGUGCAGGACCCGGCGCCCGCCAAGCCGCUGGUCCUCUCCCUGCACGGCGGCUCGGGCACCGGCAAGUCCCUGGUCAGUGCCCUGCUGGCACGCUACCUCUUCCGGGGGGGCCUGCACAGCCCCCACGUGCACCACUUCUCCCCUCGCAUCCACUUCCCCCACCCCAGCCAGAUGGAUCGCUACAAGAAACGGUAGGGGUGUCAGGGAAGGCCACUGGGUUUGAGCCCCGCUCCUCCCGACGACCCGCUGUAUGACCUGGGACAAGCCUCUGCCCCUCUGGAGGCCAGCAAAGGAUCUUAAGAACUGGGUCCAGGGGAACCUCACUGCCUGCGGCCGCUCCCUCUUCCUCUUCGAUGAGAUGGACGAGCUGGCCCCAGGCCUGAUGGAGGUCCUGAGACCCUUCCUGGGCCCCUCAUGGGUUGUUUACGGGACCAACUACCGCAAAGCCAUCUUCAUCUUCAUCAGCAAUGCUGGCGAUGAGCAGAUCAACCAGGUGGUUCUGGAGGCGUGGCGCAGCCGCCGGGACCGCGAGGAGAUCCACCUGCAGGAGCUGGCGCCCCUCAUCUCCCAGGCCGUGCUGGACAACCCCCACCACGGCUUCUGGCGCUCGGGCAUCCUGGAGGAGCAGCUCCUGGACACGCUGGUGCCCUUCCUGCCGCUCCAGAGGCACCACGUGCGCCACUGCGUGUUCAACGAGCUGGACCAGCUGGGCCUGGAGCCCAGAGAGGACGUGGUCCAGGCCGUGCUGGACAGCACCACCUUCUUCCCCGAGGAAGAACAACUCUUUGCCUCCAACGGCUGCAAACUGGUCGCCUCCCGCCUCUCCUUCUUCCUCUGACGUGCCGGGGCCCCCCCCGCCGCCCUCCUCCCCAGGCCAGGCCACCCCGGGGCCUCUUGGAGGGGCACCGUGACAUUGAGUGUUGGCCGGGCAGGCCCCGGCUCCCUACCCAGCCUGACUGGCCUUUGCGUCCUAACCCA